GUUUUACCAUGUAAACAAACAACCAUUACUUUUUGUUUAUAAUUGUGCAAGAGAAAGUUUGUUAAUUACAUUUGAUUGGUAGAAAAGUGAACAGAUAAUUUAUAGAUUUAAUUACAGGUCGAAAAAAAGUAAUUAAUGAUUUCUGUUGAUCGCCGGGAAGAAAAUCUUAUCCAAAUGAUUCCAUGCUUACCACCUAAGGUCCCGUGUCGGAUUUGCUUCGAUGAAUCAAAUGGUCGGUACUUUGGUUAUCAUUUGUGUGCAUCGUGUAAGGCUUUUUUCCGUCGAAAUGCCGAUAAAAAAGAGAAGUUCAUCUGUACUUUUAAUAAUAAUUGUGAGAUGAAUAAGAUCACAAGACGUCAUUGUCGCAAGUGCCGAUUGGAAAAAUGUUUUGCCAUUGGAAUGAAACGGGAAUGGGUUCGAUUUGAAGAUAAAAGAGUAGAUGAAGGGAAGGACAAAGAACCCGUUCCAGGUACAUCUGGUUACAUUGGCACUAAACCUCAUCACAUCUCACACAGCAGUGAAUCAGCUGAUGAAGAUGAUGCCGGUGGGAAUGGUGAAAGAAAAAAGUUAUCAGCAGUAUUUGAUAAUCUACUUGACGAUCAAACACUUCAUGGACUUUUAGAGGAUCUUGAUGAACAAACUGUUUCAAUCGAUGAGAAUUAUCAACAACAACUUGCAAUGGAAACCGAUUCGAUCUUUCAAACUUGCUCUCAGCAAUGUUUCAAUUUGGGUGAUGGAGCUUGGAACACGUGUGACGAUGCUUGCUACUUCCAUAGUGCACCAGAGUAUUUCACCUCAACCUCUUACAUUACCAAUUGUGAGAAUCAAGUUUGUUCAGGAAUCUCACAACAACCUAAUCAAUCCGAUGAGAAACCAUGGGCAUGGAAAAUGCACCAUUUGAUGAUCGCUUCCAAUUUUAUGCCGCUCAGUUUUCGCACUGAACUUUCCUCCCCUCGAGUUACACUCAAUCACUUGGAACAAGAAAAACUCGACGAAUGGGUCAACGUCUCCACGUCCAUUUGUAACAUUUCCGCUGGCGAUUUCCUGAAGCUCUUGAUAUCCCAGGAUUUUUCAAUGUCAUCGAAUGUUGUUAUACCAAAAACACCCGUCGUUCUACAGCUAAGUGGACUUCGUAGCUUCGCAAGUUCAACUUAUAAUGCCUACAUAAGUUUCAUGAAAAGCCUGAGGCCAAACUGGCGAACCGACACCAAAGCAAAUAUGCUCGUUAUGGCUAUCAUGUUAUUCAAUCCAGACACACCGAAUUUGCAGAAUCCUGACAUUAUUAGGUCGCUCCAUCAAUUCAAUUAUGUUUACCUGUUGAAACGUUACCUUGAAUUCCGGUGCUGUUUAUUUUGUAACUCUCGUUGUGACUUUUAUGAUCUAAUGAUGAAAAUUGGUGAAUUUCAAGAAACGAUCCACAUCCGGGAAAAUAUCAUCGAACUGGCCUUUCAAUUCCGUGAAGCUGUUGGUCCACUUACGAAAACCUGUGUCUCUUUAAUUGUUUAUCAUUUGAUUUAUUUUGUUUUUUGUGGUUUUGGUUUAAUUGUUACGAUCAUGGGUAAGAAAGUUUAUGCCUUGAAUAAGGCUGAAGUUGAGGCUAAUCGAAAGGCUAAAGAGGAAAGAAGGAAAGAAAGGGAAAAGGUCGGUGCUCCUAAGCAAAUUCCUCGGACCAUUGAAUCAACACGUGAACCUGAUGAUACUUGGGUUGAUCCUGAAGAUGAAGAGGUUAAGGAAGAUGCAGCUUUGGAUCCUAUGGCUAAUUAUUUUGCUCGAAAAGAGCCUAAAGUACUUAUUACGACAACUGAUAAUCCGCAUACGAAAACAAUCAAAUUUUGUCGAGAGUUGAAACAAUCUUUGGAAACUGCUGAGUUUCGUUGGCGGAAUCGAAUGCCCAUUAAACAGAUGUGUAAAGCUGCUUCGAAGAGAGAUUUUUCUCAUAUUAUCAUAAUCAAUGAAGAUCAAAGGAAACCAAAUGCUCUUCUUUUAAUUCAUUUACCUAAAGGACCGACAUGUUUCUUCAGAUUAUCUUCUGUUAAAUUUUGUGAACAGAUUAAGAAUCGUGCUAAGAUUACCAAACAUAGACCAGAGGUUAUCAUGAACAACUUCAAUACAAGAAUUGGUCUUACAAUUGGUCGAGUAUUGACAAGUUUAUUCCAUUUUGAUCCAGAAUUUCAUGGUCGGCGUGUGGUUACAUUCCACAAUCAAAGAGAUUACAUCUUUUUCAGGCAUCAUAGGUAUCAGUUUAAAAAUGGACAGAAAGUGGCUCUUCAAGAAAUCGGCCCAAGGUUUACGCUGCGAUUAAAAUGGGUUCAAAAUAGUACCUUUGACACUAAAUUCGGGGAAUUUGAAUGGGUCCUCAAGAGACACGAAAUGGAAACUUCAAGGAGAAGAUUUUUCCUUUGAAUUAUUUUUAUUCUGGUUUAAUUUUCUCUUAUUGUUCAAUUUACAACCUGUUUAAUCAAUUAAUACACACAAUUUUCCAUAAUUAAAUUGUAAAUAUUCAAA